GCCAGCGGGGCGACACGGUCCUGUAGCACUGCCUGGUGUCAGCCUGUGCUUUUAAAACCAGUCACAGCGGUGAUGCCGGCGCGGUUCGGAACCGUUUGGUGACGCGCCGUUCCCUGUGUGCUAACUUCUGGGAUUUAAUAUGUGCGGUUCCAUAAUUGGAGCGUAUUAACGCUGCAGGAGGGGCAAAGAAAGCACACACACACACACACACACACAGAGUCAGCGACAGGCAACGAAACGGGACGAGACAUGGGAAGCUGGCAAUGUGCGGGCGAGCUUCUUUGACUGUGGUCCUGCACAGCCUGAUUUAGGGCAGUGUCUUUGCGGCGAGACUUCUGCAGGAGUAGCCGGGAAUGGAAGGCAGUCAGGCCGCCUGAGGUUCUCCAGAACAGGACCUGGGCGAUUGUGCCAAGCGUGUGUGUGUGUGUGAUAUAUAUAUAUAUGUGUGUGUGUGUGUGUGCACUGGGAAAGGGCUGAAGAUCCGACAUGUCUUCGAAGGAGAGGCAGAAAGGGAGACUAACGAAAGACAGCGUGACUCUGCUGCCCUGUUUUUACUUCGUGGAGGUAAGUGAACGCCCAGCUACCUAUUCUGGCCUCCUCAAUUGUCAGUCUUUACUUCUUGGAGCUCACGGAUGUCUUCAAACCUGUUCGCUCGGGCUUUAACUGCCAUGACAGGACACUCAGCAUGCCGUAUAUUGAACCAACUCAGGAAAUCAUCCCCUUCCUCAUGUUGCUUAGCUUGGCAUUUGCUGGACCUGCAGCCAUGAUUAUGAUAGGCGAAGGCAUUCUUUACUGCUGUCUGACUAAGAGAAGAAAUGGAAUAGGAUCGGAGGCCAACAUCAACGCUGGUGGCUGUAACUUCAACUCAUUCCUCAGACGAGCUGUCAGAUUUAUUGGAGUUCAUGUGUUUGGCCUUUGUGCCACCGCUCUCAUCACUGACAUUAUUCAGCUGUCAACAGGGUACCAUGCCCCAUAUUUUCUUACAGUGUGUAAGCCCAAUUAUACGUCGUUAAAUGUCUCCUGUGAAGAAAAUCCAUAUGUUGUGGAGGAUAUCUGCACAGGAUCCGAUCCUGCUCUCAUUAACGCUGGCAGAAAAUCCUUUCCAUCCCAGCAUGCUACACUUGCAGCCUUCGCAGCUGUGUAUGUUUCUAUGUAUUUCAAUGCAACCUUAACAGACUCCUCCAAGCUCCUGAAGCCAUUGCUCGUCUUCACUUUUAUCAUUUGUGCUGUGAUCUCUGGUUUAACACGCAUUAUCCAGUACAAGAAUCAUCCGAUUGAUGUAUACUGUGGAUUUAUGAUUGGAGGAGGAAUUGCUAUCUAUUUGGGUCUUUACGCUGUGAGUAAUUUCCAGCCUAGUGAUGAUGGCAUCACGCACCAGACCCAUCACAGAGAGCCUUUGAGGUCAUUGACAGACCUCAGCCAGGAAAGCAGUAGGCAACUUCAAGGGAAAACUGGUAGUAGCAUAGAUGGCAUUUCAUCCCACCAUUCUGAAAGCAUUCUGAACCGAAACCACAGAGAAUCUGGCUCCCUCACAAACUUAAAACGAACAAGUGCAGACGUUGAAAUCAUUACUCCCCGCAGUCCAAUGGCAAAGGAGAACAUGGUGACCUUCAGCAACACCUUGCCACGUGUCAACACAUCAUCGAUGGAUGAGGCAGCCAGAAGGAAUGCAACGAUUCAUGCUUCUAUGGACUCUGCACGUUCUAAACAGCUCUUGUCACAAUGGAAGUCCAAGAAUGAAAGUCGGAAGCUGUCGCUACAAGUAAUAGAGACAGAAACUGGACACUCACCUCCAAAGUCCAUGGAGAUGAGAUCCAGUUCAGAACCUGUGGGAGUAGGUGUAAACGGAGACCAACAAGCACAACUCAACCAAUACCUAAAAAUCCAAGCUAGUACUAUUCCUGUAACCAAUAAUACCAGUAACAUUGGUGGAGGAGCAAGAGUUUCCAUGCAGUCGCGCCCAGGCUCAUCACAGCUGGUCCAUAUACCUGAAGAAACCCAAGAGAACAUAAGUACUUCUCCAAAAGCCAGUUCAGCCAGAUCAAAGUGGCUUAAAGUAGCUGAGAAGAGUGGUGUUGGCAGGGCAAACACCCAACCAAGAAUCAUGCAGGUAAUUGCUAUGUCGAAGCAGCAAGGUAUGUUACAGAGCAGCCCAAAAAGUACCGAUGGGAGCACAGUAUCCUGCACAGGUUCUAUAAGGUAUAAAGCUCUAACAGAUCAUGAGCCUAGUAACAUUGUCAGAGUAGAAGCUCAUCCAGAAAACAACAGACCUCUCGUACAAGUACCAUCAGGCAGUGAAAGCAGUGGAUCAUGGAAAUGGAAAUCCCAUGAGAAGGGAAGCAUUCGCCAAGCAUUCGAGUUAAACGAUCUUAACAGGGACUCUGAAAGCAGUGAAUCAGCAAAAGAUAGCUAUGCUAUAUCUGAAAGAAAGAAAACCAAUCCAGACAGUAGUGAACACCAUCACCAUGGAAUUACCACCAUAAGAGUCACACCAGUGGAUGGAAGUGAAGCUGCUUCUGAGACCCACUCGGUUUCAUCUAGUCGAGAUUCAACCCUCAGGCGGAAAGCAAACAUCAUUUUAAUACCGGAAAGAGGAAACAGCCCAGAAAGUACAAGAAAUAUCUUCUACAAGGGAACAUCACCCACUAGAGCUUACAAAGAAUGAAUCCUUAUCAUGGAAGCCUGCUGAAGGACAAUCUAUUGUAAACAGAUGCUGAGUAUAUACUGAUAAUAGAUUGCGACAUCUUAAAUGUGCCAUUCCAUUGUUUAUUAAUUGAGAAGUUACUGAUAUUUAAACAUGGUUGCAUGAAUAUGAUAUUUUUGCAUACUAAUCAAAAGCACACAGGCAAAGCCUGAGCCUUGUGAAAUAUGUAUUUGCUACAUUGCUAUAUCAAUAAACUGUGAAUGCAUUUGCUCCCAUUUUGAACAUGUCACUCAUGCAUUGAGUGAUUUAUUUAUUUAUUUUCAAAAAGCUUUGGCUGUAUUGCUGUGUUCUGUAACAACCAAUUUAGAAUUUCUUUCGCAAUUAAAGCUCUAAAUAGUGCUCAUAUAUCCAACUAUAAUGAGGGGUUAUGUGUAAUUUUAAUUGUGAAGCAUUAUCUGGGGUUGCAAUGAUUGCUGGGUUAACUAUCAGUCAAAGUUUUAGUUAGUUACAAAGCUUUCUUCGAAGGGGAUCACAUAGACGAAAAAAAAUCAUGUAGCUUUUAUAGAAACUACACGCAAACUAUAUUGAAAUACAUACAAAUGUGCACACGUACAUUAAAAAUAAUAGAACUUUUUCUCACAGAAUGUAAAAUGAACAGUAAUUGAUUACUGAUCACUAUUUAUAUCAUAGAUUUUUAUACCUAUUGUAGCCUUAGCACAUUGAUAUCAUGCCUUUAAAGAAAGUUUUUUAAGUGAUAUAGACAGCAUUUUUUUGUAAGCUUACGACGCUGUAUUUCAAACCAAUUAAAAAUAUAAAAUAUGCCUUUAAUCAUGAGUUACAGACUUUGUACCAAGCUGUUUCUACAUUGUUAAUAAGGAAAGUGUCCAAUACAAUUCUGCUACCAUUUCUACAGUGCCCUCUCUUCCUGCUCUCCAUCUCUGACUUUUUCCAACCCUAGUGGCAUACCAAAUAUAACCCUGUACUGACAUUUCAAGUUACUAAAAUAAAUUGUUUGGGCAUUUAUUCCUACAUCCAUAUGAUAGGAAAAAAACUAUGUAGUUUUUAUUUGUUUAUACUCGUGUUUUUGAAUACAGCUUAUACCUAGGUACACAACAGCCAGGAACCUCUGAGGGAAUCAUUUAAUUUCAAAGAGCUAUUGGUUUGAAUGAUUCUGGUGGUUCAAUUAAGAACCUUUACUUCACAUUACAGCCUAAUUAUGUUGUAAUAUGGUGGAUAGAUAAAGCUGUAGUGUUCCUGCUACAUAAGAGUGGCUGUACUGCUUUGGACUGUGGAAGAAAAUCCAAACACCUGCAUGUAUUUUUUAUACAGUAUCUCUGGUAAAAUUAAACUUUAUUUUCAUUGCAACCAAUACCUUCAUUAAAUAUUUAUUAGGGAAUUAUUUAGCAGGUGACAUCAUUUUUGUAAUUGUAAAUAAUUACUAAUUGGUACAAACUGUGAUAUCUUAUUGAAGGUUUAUUUAUUUGCCCUGUAAGAUUAUAUAUGGGUGAUUUGUAUGUAAAAGGGAAGAACAUUUAACUAAGGUAUGCACAGAUGUGUAUAGUGUUUAAAAUGUGUUUAAAGUGUUCUGUUAACUAUCUCUUCAAGAAGUGUUUUAAAAAUGAGCACUGGUUCAGUAAGUGUGUGCAAAACAUUAUUGUGUAUGAGUUCUUAAAUUGUGGUAUACAAAAGUCCCGUGAAAAGUAACCAAGGGAAAAUACUGGAAUUAAUUUCCAUUCAAAAGCAUUUGUUGGCUGUAUUGUCAUAUUUGAAAGAUAUCAUCUACACUGUACCUUUCCCAAGUGUGUUGGUUAUUUGCCAAAUAAAUGUUUCUUAAUUGCAGUGAA